CACCAGGAACGAAAGAGAGCUCCAUUUGCCCUCCAGGAACCCAGCUAUGAACUCCCUCUCCACAAUCGCCUUCUCCCUGGGGCUGCUCCUGGUGAUGACUACUGCUUUCCCUACCCCGGGACCCCUGGGAGAAGAUUUCAAAGAUGAUACCACUUCAGACAGACUACUCCUCACCUCUCCAGACAAAACUGAAGCUCUCAUUAAGUACAUCCUCGGCAAAAUCUCUGCAAUGAGAAAGGAGAUGUGUGAGAAGUAUGACAAGUGUGAAAACAGCAAGGAGGCACUGGCAGAAAACAACCUGAACCUUCCAAAAAUGGCAGAAAAAGACGGAUGCUUCCAAUCUGGGUUCAAUCAGGAGACUUGCUUGAUGAGAGUCACCACCGGUCUUCUGGAGUAUCAGAUAUACCUGGACUACCUCCAGAAUGAGUAUGAGGGCGAUAAGGGAAGCAUCGAGGCUGUGCAGAUUAGUAUCAAAGCACUGGUCCAGAUCCUGAGGCAAAAGGUAAAGAAUCCAGAUGAAGUAACCACCCCUGACCCAACUACAAAUGCCAGCCUGAUGAAUAAUCUGCAGUCACAGAACGAUGACUGGAUGAAGAACACAAAGAUUAUCCUCAUCCUGCGAAGCCUUGAGAAUUUCCUGCAGUUCAGCCUGAGGGCUAUUCGGAUGAAGUAGCUGGGGCACCUAAGAUUGCUGUAGUUCAUGGGCAUUCCCUCCUCUUGUCAAAAACCUGUCCACUG